AGGAAAUGCUGCUUUUUGAAACGUACCAGACUGAGCUCUGGAACAAUUUUUAGUUUCCAGGGGUUCAGUCUGGAUGAGAAGGAAGAUCUUUGUUUGGUGCUUCAGUGAGGUGGCAGUGAUGGAAUGAGCCAAGGACGAUGGGGUCUCGGAUCAAGGAAAAUCCACAGAAAAUAUUUGAUCUGUUUUUUGAAGUUGCUCGUCCAUCACUUGCAGAUGAUGAUCCUAAAGUCGGUAGACAAUUCCCGCUGGACUUUGAUGACCAGGAAUCAAUCCAGAUGCUGCCCAAGUUCUGCUUCCCCUUUGAUAUAAAGAGGGCUAAGGAGUGCCCCACAGUCCAGCACUUCACCUUUGCCCUCACCGACAUGGAGGGGAAGCAGCGCUUUGGUUUCUGCCGGCUGGCCGUCGGCUUCCGAACCUGCCUGUGCCUUCUCAGUUACUUACCUUGGUUUGAAGUCUUCUACAAGAUCCUGAACUACAUUGCGGAAAACAUAGCCAAAAAUCAGUUCACAGAGCUGGACGAGUUCUUAUCUGCACUGUAUCUCCACCCUGUGCCUAGCCUCUGCAGCCCCAUCACCCUUGAAUUUGACCCAAAAGCAUCUAAACUGAAAAUUUCUACUGAGACAGAUCUGAACAGGCAAAACAAAAAUAGGGAUCUGGACCCUGGGACAGCAUUGGUUUAUUUCAUUGCCCCUGAUCCUGGCAAACUGCCCACCAUCCCUGACAACAGAAACCUGACUGAGUUUGUUGUGGCGGUGGACGUGAAUAACAUGCUACACCUCUACGCAAGCCUCCUCCAUGAGCGGCGGAUCCUGCUCACCAGCAGCAAGCUCAGCACGCUGACAGCCUGCAUCCAGGCCUCCUCCUCCAUGUUGUAUCCUAUGUACUGGCAGCACAUCUUUAUCCCUGCACUGCCACCACACCUCCUUGACUACUGCUGUGCCCCUAUGCCCUAUCUCAUUGGAGUCCACACAAGCCUUAUGGAGAGCGUGAGGAGCAAAGCCCUGGAAGAUGUCGUCAUUCUUAGCAUUGAUAGCAACACAAUGGAAUCACCCUUCCAAGACCUGGAAAAUCUCCCAAGUGAUGUUGUCUCCCUACUGAAAUUCCAGCUUAAGAAGCAAUCUGCAACCACUGGGGAUGGAGUUGCACGAGCCUUCCUCAGGGCCCAGGCACUUCUCUUUGGCAGCUAUCGUGAGGGACUCGUUUGUAGUCCGGGAAAGGACAUAUCCUUUUGCCAGGAGAGCUUCCUAGAGCAGGGAUCCGGUGCGAUGCAGGACUUCCUCCAGCGGGCCGUGCACCUGCAGCUCUUCAAGGAGUUCAUCAAUGACCGUCUGGAGAAGCUAAAUGCAGAAGAGGACUUUUCUGAUCUCUUUGAGCAAGAGAUCAACAGCAGCUUGUCCCCAGGUAGUAUGCACUCUUAUCAGCUGUGGGUGGAGAGCCUCAAGAAAAGUGGAGGAGCCCUGAUAAGUACUAUGAAGAAUAAGGCCAAUCCAGCUGUCAAGAGUGCAUACAAAUAUGCCAAAGGUCAUGCCAAAAUCAGGCUGAAAAACAUGCGGAGCCGCCUAAAGGAUUCAGCUCUACACCAGUACAGAGAGCAGGAACAUUCCCUGAAUUACAGUCAGAUCUCCAGUCCCAUCCUGCCUACCAGAAAUAAACAGUCUGAGAACCUACAAAGGCGAUUGCCCAUCACCCAGCACUUCGGGAAGUCUCGCCCCAGGCGACCACCAAGACCGAGCAGUGGGACAGAACUGGAGGCUCAAAGGGAUGUUUCUACCCCCUUCACACCACCUUCCCUGGACUCCUCUCUGGAACGUGAGAGAGGUGAAAGUUACAUGAAUGCAGAGAAGUUUGACCUCUUAGGUGAAAUUUUUGAGACACUAAACCUGUUGGAGUCAAACCAAGCUCAACAGCCUCUCUACGGGACCCGCAGCUUGGAUUUCAGUAACCUUGAAGAGGAGAACUUCUAUAUGAAGCUGAGACCCAGUGGAGACGCCCUCUACGAAGCCCUGUGUGAAGAACAGGGUGAUGCUGAUGACCCUCUAUCUGAGGAUACAGUGUUCCUGGGCUACCUGGAUGAAAAGAACAUGUCAAGCACUUCGCUGUUGUCUGCCAGAGCUGCAAGCACAAGUAAUGAGAUGUGGGACCACAGUCCCCCUGAGCUGCAAGGUAGUCCUGGUCCUGACACCCCAACUCUUUCCCUGCAGGAGUCUAGCAAAGAGCCAUCAGAAAUGGCGUUGACCCAGAAGGCAGAUCCUGAAGCUGCCAUUCCUAGUUCAGUUACACCAGAGGGCUGCACUGCUACCAAGUUGGGACAGGAAUGUAGGACUGACCAGACCCUUGAGCCCCCAACCAAUGAGAACCCUGAGGCAGAGUCAUUGGUUGCUAGUAGUUUCACCAUCCCAUCAUCUGCAAGCCUGUUACAAACAAAAGUCAGUGACUCUGUGGCAAAGAAGAACAUCCUAGGCAGGGUCACCAGCUUACCGCCCCCGUCAGUUUCUAGGCCCUUGAUACAGCCUAGGGUGCUGGAACUGAAGAAAAGAUUUGAGGCAUCCUGAAAGAGCAUCCUGAAAACAAACUGGCUGUAUGUUUAAGAGAAAAUAACUUUGUGUUUGAGUCACAAUAAGCCCCUGAACUUGGAGGCCUUUCCAGCGGGAGCAGCAAUGAUAGAAGGGCUUCAUCUGUCCGGGCACAUCAAAACUAUUGCUAG